AUAUUGUUUAAUACUCCCGGGAUUAUGAGUUGGCAAAGACUCGACAAUGAGGCGCAUCGAUACGUGCUCGGAAUGGCCAAACAAUGUAUUGACUAAUUCUGUGUGUCAAUUGGUGUAUCCAAUACUUCAAUGGCGCGGGCAAAGACAAUAAAGAUGAGUAUUAUCGUUCUAUCGAAAAAGAUCGAUUGUGUUUUACGCUGUUGGAUUGUACAAAGGUAUAAAUUGAUUUUGAAAUUGAUCGGGACCUUCAGUUGUACGUUCGACCAGUGUGGGCCCCCGAUCUCAAGUCUGUGGACAUAACAAAUUACGUUGAAUACAUCAAAUUAAUUGAAAUUAAUUAUAAUUGUUAUUUAAAAACAAUAAAAUAAAUAAUUAAUAAAAUGAAAUACUCGUUGGUAUACUGUUUGCUUCUUUGCCUCCUGUUAACGAGAGUACAAACGAAGCCGCAAAUAACAAAAUUAUUUCCAAUCGAAGAAAUACUCACGAACGAUCAUCGAGAAAACAACAACAACAACAACAACGAGACGAGAUUGUUCGACAAGUUGCUUGGAAAAUUACGUUCAACGUAUAAUUUUGUAUUUCAUAAAACUGACGAUAAUGCUGCGAACAAUAAGACAGAAGUUAAAAAUAUGGGAAUCGAUAAAACACCUAAUUCCAAUGUAUUUAAUUGGAAUAAUCCUAAUUUCAAAUUAACGAAAGAAAUAGAAAACCCCAAAGAAGAGCCCGUAUAUCAAACGAGAAUAGAAACACUUUACGAUGCUCCAAAAAAUGAUAAAUUCGACGAAUUGCAACCCUUGGAAUCUUUGGAACCAUUGAUGCCAUUGGAUUUCAACGAAGAUAUUAAUAAAAAUGACGAAGUUGAAUUUGUAACACCGGCAACUGAUUCCAAUUUUUCGGCAACUCUGAGUCGUCAUUUCGUCGAUUGGCUUGGUUCGCUUCUAGGAAUUUCAUACGGAAUUUACAGUAAAUUUUCAAAAGCCAUUUACCAAAAUAACACACUUUAUUAGGGUCAAUGGCAUACGCGAUGAACAUACUUGGACUUUUGCUUCUUUCUUCUCUAAAAUUGACAAAUUUAUAAUUAAAUAAUUAUUUUGUAAUAUUAUAUUAUACAAAUA